AUGCAGGGAAUUCACAGUGUCCGGUGGCUCUCCCGUGGAGACGCCAUCGAACGAUUCGCGGAGGUGCUCCCUUCAGCGGUCCUGAUCCUGUACGAGUACGACAAGAAGACGUACGGCAUCGUCACCAGCUUCAAGUUUCACUUCCUUCUGCACUUCCUUGCGGAUGUGCUGAAAGAGCUGAACAUCCUCAACCUGAAGUUUCAGCGGCGUCAGGUUGAUGUGACGGUCAUACAACCAGCUCUUCAGCACACUGUGAACACCCUCAGCGGCCGUUACAUCGACUACAAGGAGACUUUCGGAGACAACAGCGGCAGGCUGGCAAAGUUCCUGCAAGCGCAUUCUAACAUAAAGAAGCGAGAAGUGAAAGUGGAUGGUGUUGAUGCGGACGGCACGCCUACCACCCACAAGUAUGUGCUGCACGAGAAGCACCUGGAGGGGCAGACCAGCGGAUCGGACCUGUAG